ACUGACUCCAAAACCAAAACAAAACCCCACACGCCAAACAACCAAACACACACACACGCGACAUGGUGGGUGCUCGCGUGAUUAAGGAGUUGCGGACACUGAGAAGGGACCCGGUGCCUCUGUGUUCCGUUGGCGCGCACGAGGACGGCGACUUGUCGCACUGGACAGCGCUCAUGCUGGGGCCGCCAGGAACUCCCUACGAAGGUGGAGUGUUCCAACUGGAUAUCAAGCUACCGGAGCAAUACCCGUUGAAGCCGCCAGCGGUACGGUUCAUCACAAAGAUCUACCACCCCAACAUCAACGCCGGCGGCGGCAUCUGCCUGGAUAUCCUCAAGUCCGAAUGGAGUCCUGCAUUGCAGGUGUCGCGCGUCAUCCUUUCCAUAUGCUCGCUCCUCUGCGAACCAAAUCCGGACGACCCGCUGGUUCCCGAGAUUGCCCGCGUGUACAUCAAGGACCGCGAAGCCUUCAACAAAACCGCGCGGGGGUGGACCUCCAUCCACGCCCUCUGCUCUCCAGACAAGUUUGAUUGAUUACCUCACCAUGCCGAGGCUGGGUGGGCGGAUUGCUAGGUGUGCGAUCAAUCUCGCCCGUGUUAGGGGUUCCUCGCAGCGGGAAGCGCGCGCGCGUGUAUGUGUGUGUGUGUGCGUGUGUGUGUGUGUGCGCGCGCGCGUGUGCCUUCCAUCUUUGCUUGUGCACGUUUCUCUUCAGCUGCCAAACGCACCCCUGCUCUUCCUUGGCGCUUCAUUCUGACUCCCAACGCUCGCGCUGUUCAGUGUUGGCUCCCUCUGACUUCCGUCGUCAUUGUGUUUCAUGUCAUGUGAAUACACAUGCAACCGUGACAAAAGCAUACACGAGCAAGAGCCAAC